CGCACUGCAGAGCCCAAACCGUUGAGGACAAGAAUAAAUGAAUCCUAGCAGCCUUUUCAACUUGGUCAUGCAGCCAACUUUGUCCUCAGGCGCACAUCCCUGAACAGCGACGGCCGCCUUACGUCUUUUGUCAACAAUAGGCCAGCGAAUGAACUGAAAACAAGUUUUCUUCGGUAUCCAGCAGUCCUUCUCAAACCACAGGAUCAGACCACACACCAACCUUUCGUGACCAACACACCCAGAGGAAAUCGGUUAACCAUUUUCGCGGGAAACCACGCCCAAAAUUCUGUGACAAACGCCAUCUAUCAACUACGGGUAAAACUAACAUUCCGCCUCGUGGUACUUUCUUCAAAAAGACGGCACGAGUAAUAUUUCCAAUAAAUUUCUGUAAAUAUCACACGUUUUCUCGUUUUUGAUCGCCUGUUUAAGCAAAUUACUGAAAAGAAGGCGCAAAACCAAGGUAAAAAAUUUUAACCUCGUGUAACAACAACACUUCAAAAUGAAAGCGAAAAACCUUGGAGAAAGAUUCACCAACCCAACAGUCCGUGACUUUGCUGUGAUGCUGCUCUGCGUAGUGAUGAUCUAUCUUCUUCGCGCAAGAGAAACAUACCGUCUGGUUCCAAGAUGGCGGCAGGACAUGGAACCCAAAUUAUACGCCAAUAAAAAGUUCCCCAGUCAAGAUGAACGCCUGCCAUUGCCGAUCAUCACUGACAUCGAAAGCGACGGAAAUACUGAAAUCGUCUUGGUGACCAAUCAGAACCAUCUCAUGAUUCUGGAGUGUCCGAACGUGACAGAGUCUGUUGUGCUGCCUCGUCCUGUUGUCAAACACCAGGUGGAGCUGCCGUUUUUACGUAGAGAUGAUGGAGGGAGGAGCGUACCAGUCGCCCUUGCAGCUGGAUUUCUUAUGCCGUAUCAAUCUAUGGUACAGGUGAGAAAACAGGUCAUAGUUAUUGCCACUGACGACUGGCAUGUGCUAUGCUACGACCACGAACUAAACUUACUUUGGACCACACGUGUAAUGAAUGUGGGGCAAAUUCGUGAACACUUCUUUGUCAAAUCGUUAAAUAUCCUUGUGACGUCUAUCAAGCUUCAUAAGAAGGACAAUGGCCUGAUCAUCAUCGGUGGCAGUUACGAACACAAGCUCCACAGAAAGCAGAACUGGAGAGACAUCUCGGCCCUUCGAGAAGAUGACACUGAACAGCACAGAGGGGACGGGAACACCCUGUCACAUUUCUCCACAUUUGCCCUCAGUGGUACCAACGGUACUGUCAGGUGGCAUCACCUGCCUGGCGAGUUUGGGGAGCAGCGCGAUCUUGAUAAGGAUAUUGAGAGGGCCCACCACUGGAAGUUGGCCCUACACCGCGGCCAUCUCCACAAGGGUGAACUGCCCUGGACGGUGUACAAGGAUGAUAUGUUGGAGCUUCUUCCGCACAACUGGGAGACAAUGGACGACACGCAAUUUCAUCUCGCACACAUCGAACGAUCGCAUUCGGCCAAGAAAUCUGACGAGGACGUCGACACCACGACUCUCGCCAAUUUGGUCGGGCUCGACACGGAGCACAUCAUGGGAUAUGCCUACGGCGGAAUGAGACCACACAGUGCACAUGAACACGUCAACAACCCAAACACCGUCGUCAUGCACAACCAAAACGGUAUCGAAGUGCUAAACCUGAUGAGCGGGCAACCGGUCACAAAGUUAAAAUUCCAGGAGGGGAAGUCAGUGUUUGCGGAUACGGAUGGUGACGGGACCGUAGAAGAGAUUCUUGUGAAGCUGCCGCAGACGUUAUCCGAAGGCUGCGAUGUUGUCGUCUCAAAAUAUAAGCAGAGUUCCGACGUCGUGUUUUCUCAUCCGUUGUGUGAGUCUGCUGAAACGGUUUUGACGCGGUCGCUGUUCGGGAAGAAGAAACUGAUUGAGGAUGGGACUCAUCUAAUUCCUGCUAUGGUAGUUAAAAGUGUGGCUAAGAAGACUGGUAUCUCGGGAAUGCUGCACCAUUUGUCUGGGGAAGGUUUGCGGUCAAAGAAGAAAACCUGGGACCUCAUAUUUGUAACGAGCAGUGGAGUAGUGAGGUCACUUGGAACCAAAGGUGAAAACCACUGGGAGACCCAAAUCUCAAACAUCUGGUCUCACAUUUACACCGUCAUCCGAGAAAUGUCGACACGAGAUUCAACCAUCAUCAGCUUGUACAAGAAUUAUUUUAGACCAACAAUAAAAUCUGUCUCGCUGCAAAUAUUUGGCAAUAAGGAUGCUGCCCUAAUAGUUGGUUGGGAUGGCAUCUCACUGGUUGAUCUUCGCGAUGGCUACAUCCUGGGAAGUCGUGAAGUACCGUGUCAGACGCACGCCCCGCUCGUCAUCGGCGAUUUUAACAGAGAUGGAUAUACAGACUUUAUCUAUACUUGCCCAAUUGGGUACAUCGGUUUCUCGAUCGAACCUGAGCCAAACUACACGUAUACUGUGUGUAUUGCUGCAGCGGUGGUCCUUGUUGUACUAUUGCUCACGUGGUGUUGUUCUCCAGAAGAGUCAGUCGCAAUGGCCGAGGAAGAUUAAAGGUGAUUCGAAAGAGUUUCAAGGCAACACGAGAUUCAUCCAUUUUUGCCCUUUUGAGAAAAUUGUAAACUGAAAAUGCACCGGAAAUUUUGGAAUAUUUUUAUCAUGAAGUUUUUCUGUUGGCCCGAAUGCUCUGAAAUUUUUAAGGACAGAUCAGUCAUCACACGGGUAAUGCCGUGGUAAGGGUUACACCAAAAUGUUUGAUAUGGGGGAUAUCCCGUUUUGCACUGAAACUCUUGAUUUGGUUUUAAAAACUCGAAUCUCAGGAUUUUACCAGAUUGCAUUUAUUGAACUGAAAUUGUAAGAUUGUAUGAAAAUGUAGCUCUUUCACAUGACUUUGACUCUCUUUACACAAUGCAGAGCCCAGUGUUCUAAUGAGAGGUUACAUGUAUAAUCACAGGGGGUUAAAAUGUAGAACACAGUGUUCCAACAAAAUGUUACAUGUAUAAUUGAGGGUUAAAAUGCAAAGCACAGUGUUCUUACGAAAAGUUACAUGUACAAUUGAGGGUUAAAAUGCAAAGUGCAGUGUUCUUGCACAAAAGUUACAUGUAUUAUUGAGGGUUAAAAUGCAGAGCACAUCAUUCCAAUGAAAAGUUUAUACAUGUAUGAUUGUAAUUGGUAUAUUCUGCAAUUGUAUUAAAUUGUACAGUGUGUAUGUGAAGUUCUCCUCAGUGGUAAGAAGUGGGUCACUGUGGCCUGAGUAUUCAGGAAUAUAUUUAGCUUAGCACUGCCUGCAUCUAGAAUAACUUUUAUGUUGUAUUUUCAAAUGAACAUCCUGCAGUAACUUUGUGACUGAGGUGCUCUGUUGCACUGAUCAACAGAUUUUGAUUAAAAUCGAAGUCGGCUUUAUUCAUAUAUCUUAUUGAAUUGUACAUUUUUGUUGUAUCAGGCCAAAAGCUGGGAAAAAAAUGUAACAUAGUGUAAGUUGCUGUAAAAUGUAAAAGUGAAAAAGUAAUUAUUUAUUUGUAAUGUCAUUAUUUAUUUAUGAUUAUUUAUUAGAUCAUGACAAUGAUAAAAAUCUGUUAUCAUAAAU